AUGCAGCAAGAUCAGCGAAGGAAGAACCCCAAAGAGACAGAAUUUUUUACCGAGUAUGGAGAUGCCAACAGAUACAAAAUUCUGGAAAUUAUAGGCAAGGGAAGCUAUGGAGUUGUUUGCGCAGCAAUUGACACACAUACUGGGGAGAAAGUAGCAAUAAAGAAAAUAACAGACAUUUUUGAGCAUAUCUCUGAUGCUAUUCGGAUUUUGCGUGAAAUUAAGUUGCUUCGCCUUCUACGGCAUCCUGAUAUUGUAGAAAUUAAGCGGAUCAUGGUGCCACCCUCUAGACGGGAGUUCAGAGACAUUUAUGUUGUUUUUGAGCUUAUGGAGUCUGACCUUCAUCAAGUCAUUAAAGCUAAUGAUGACUUGACACAUGAGCACCAUCGUUUUUUUCUCUAUCAGAUGCUACGAGCACUGAAAUAUAUGCACACAGCUAAUGUAUAUCAUCGAGAUCUUAAACCAAAGAAUAUUUUGGCAAAUGCAAACUGCAAGCUCAAAAUAUGUGAUUUUGGACUAGCAAGAGUGGCAUUCAGUGAUACCCCAACAACAAUUUUUUGGACGGAUUAUGUUGCUACAAGAUGGUAUAGGGCUCCUGAGCUGUGUGGAUCUUUCUUUUCCAAGUAUACACCUGCAAUCGAUAUUUGGAGCAUUGGCUGCAUCUUUGCAGAGGUAUUGACAGGGAAGCCAUUGUUUCCGGGUAAAAGUGUUGUGCAUCAAUUGGAUUUGAUUGCAGAUGUUCUUGGAACACCAUCAGCAGAAACCAUUUCUGGAGUGCGUAAUGAAAAGGCAAGAAAAUAUUUAACAGAUAUGCAGAAAAAGCACCCAGUGUCUUUUGCUGAGAAGUUUCCUACUGCAGAUCCUUUGGCAGUCAAAUUGUUGAAACGGUUGUUAGCAUUUGAUCCAAAGGAUCGGCCAACUGCUGAAGAGGCAUUGGCUGAUCCUUACUUUAAGGGACUGGCUAAACUUGAGAGGGAACCUUCUUGUCAGCCAAUUUCAAAGCUGGAGUUUGAGUUUGAGCGUCGACGGGUGACUAAGGAAGACGUCAGGGAAUUGAUAUUUCGAGAAAUAUUAGAAUACCAUCCUCAACUACUCAAGGACUACAUGGCAGGAAAUAAUGGCACAAGUUUUCUCUACCCCAGUGCCAUUGGUCAUUUCAGGAAGCAAUUUGCCUAUCUUGAAGAAAAUCUUGGGAGAAGUGGACCUGUGAUUCCUCCUGACAGAAAGCACGUCUCUCUUCCACGGUCUACAGUAAAUUCAAGUACCAUACCUCCAAAAACCCAACAGAACGUGUCGGCACUCAAUCAUCGGCAAACUACAGAAGAAAUGUCCAGUGGGAUUAUAAAUUCAGAUGCCACAUUUGGAAAUGUAUCGAAGGAUGCACGUCCACCCCCGCCGCGGGUGCCCACUGCCAAGCCAGGAAGAGUUAUAGGACCAGUUUUACCGUAUGAGAAUCUCAAACAUAUGAAAGAAACCUCUGAUAGGAAGAUGCAUGUUCAGAACGCUAUUCUUCCUCAGUCAAUCUCUCCGCAUUAUUUCUUUGGGACUAAUUCUGGGAAGAAACACGAGAAGGGCUGGACAGAAGCUGAGAAAGAAUCAUCACAGGUCAAAUCACUAUCUCAGCAAUACACGUCAGUUAAAUCAACAUCUAGUACAAGUGACAUCAACAGAGCACAACCUCAGCCAUACAUGCAAACUAAAUUAAACCCAGGGAUGAAUAUCGAAGUUAACAGUAAUCCAUAUUACAGCACACAAGCAAAAGUAGGCCUCAAUAGCCAGCUUUCAAUCGAUGUGAAAUUGCUGCAGGCUCAAUCUCAAUUCGGUAUAGUUGGGGCUGCUGCCGUUGCUGUGGCUGCUUAUAGAGAGGUUAGUGAUGUUCAGCUUGGAUUGACUUAG